AUCUUAACUUGCAAGUACCGGAAACGAAACUUUUUGAAAGUACCGGAAACGGAACUUCUUGCACGUACUGGAAACGGAACUUGCUACUGUUAGGAAGGUAGGCUCAUAAGGCCAGUCGAUGUUUUUAACUUUAAAUCUGUAUGGCAUAGGUAACGCCAGUGUGCCUUGGACGUUCUAACGUAUUUCUGAAAUGGCGAAAAACCAGUAUGAUCUCAAGGACUUCAGUGGAUCAAAAGAAGAAAAUUUAGUCAGAAGUGUUUUCAAAAAUAUUAUUUCUGACUCUGGUUUUCUCUUACCUGCAUUUCUAAACAUAGUUAUACAAAGAAGUAAUGCCAUUGAUGGGAAAUCAUUCAGCGACGCAUCUGUCUAUCUUCGACUAAACUAUGAACAUGCCGAGGCAUAUGCUAAAAAUUAUAUCGAAGGAUAUCCUGAGUGCCGGGGCGUUUACUUGAAGGAUAUACUAGCUUUAAAUAUUUUCAAAGAAUUUCUGACAGAUGGCGUAGACGCAAUCAGGAAGCACUCCACUGCUUGUCGUCAAUCAUUCUUGGCAUUGUUUGAAUUUCUGCGAGAGCGAACUACACAUGAAGAGGCAAUCUGGAAGCUUGCCAAAGGCACUUCAUUAAGUGGAAUCAAGGAGACACAAAUUAUGGUUGGAUUAGCCCAUCACCUGUUUUCGCAGUUGGUCCCAGGCAAGAAGUAUGAAGUUGAUGAAUAUGCAAAGCAGCUUCCAAAAGAAUGUUGCUGUGGUUGUAAUGCUACAGUUUAUGGAGGAAAUACGUCAGUAGGCUCAACAAGAACAUGGCAUGGUAGAGUAGAUAUCAUGUUGAACCACACAAUUGCUGUGACACUUGGGAAUGAAGAAACUGAGAGCACUGAAGAGGAUGAUGCCGAUGCUGAACCUGCAAGUAAACAAAGGAAGUUGGAAACUGAUGGGAACAGUGAUAUUUGUGCUGAAGUGAAAGCCAAUAAGAAAUAUGACAAUAUUUUUGAAUCAAGACUUUUGGAACAAAUCUUGGCUGAAGCUAUAACUAAUGGAUUUGCUCAACUAAACAGGAGUAGAAGUACCCUAUUACAUUUCUUAAUUCCAACUAUUGGAGUUACAUCUGACCAUGUAUCUGUCUGUUUGUAUGACCCAGAAUAUGACUGCUUGCUUUUAUCUAGUAAGAGGCUGCGAUUAUGGAUUCCAGAAAAGAAGAUUCUAAAUAAUGAAAUAAUUGUUGUUAUUUGGCUUUUCUUGAACUUUACUGUUUUUACCGAGCAAAAAGUGGCUACCAAAUAUGAUCUUGAUAAGUCAGGUUUGCAUGCAGAGUUGAAAAAUCAUUUGCAGCAUUACAGAAAGGUAGAAACAAAAGAAAGUGUUAUUUCAACUUCUGUACCAGUGAAAUAUAGCUUUUGUCCUAAAAGCAAAUGAGCUUAUUUUGUGGUAAGUGGUUGGUAACAUGCCAUCCACACUUCCAGCCAUCCUCUGUCUGACAUAAACUUUUAAGGACAUCAGACCCAGAGGGUCAAGAAGACCUAUCACUAUUGUGCUAGUGCCAUUGGACAUACGUGGACAUGUUCUUUAAGACACUACUUCUUCUCAAACAAAUAAGAUCUGAAUCAACAUCAGUCAGGUAUUUGUAUUGUAAAGACGCUUAUAUGUAUAGCACAAGUUCGAAUUCUCAAUCAGAUAAUUAAUAAUAUAAUAAUUAAAUAGUACCAUUGUCUUUUUUCAAACUC